CGUCUGCCGCGACAGACCUCCUCCCGAUCCCGAGCCCCUGGGCGACUGCCGAGUGCCAACUGCCGACAAUAUGAACGGCGUGCUGUUGUCCGUCGCAGGCAGCACCAACGCAGCUCGGGGCAACAACCAAUCGACUUUUGGAGGAUCAAGCCGGGGAUACCAUGUGCUGAAGGUCGUCGAAGGCAGCCCCGCCGACAUUGCCGGGCUGGAGCCCUACUUUGACUUUAUUAUGGGUGUCAACGGAAAGUACGACACAGAAGGACCAACGCUGUUGAGCCAGGUUUCGCAGAGCCUGGGCAGGGCCGUCUCCCUGGAUGUGUACAGCAGCAAGCUGCAUUCGAUCCGAGAGGUCAAGAUUGUGCCCUCCAACACGUGGUCGUAUCCGGAGGAUGGCCUGGUGGGCUGCCACCUGAGGUUUUGUGAUUUCGAAGGCAUCGCGGAUCAUGUGUGGCACGUUUUGGUCGCCGGACUCAAGGCCCAGACGGACUAUAUCAUUGGUACACCGCACUUUACCCUGCGCGAGCCGGAUGACUUGUAUCUGAUGAUCCAGAAGAAUCUCGGCAUCCCCUUGCGCCUGUACGUUUACAACUCGGAGCUCGAUUCGAUCCGGGAGGUUAUUCUUGCGCCGACUCAAGGUGAGCACGCGAUUGAGAGGAUACGCCUUGGAUGCGACAUUGGAUAUGGAUUCCUGCAUCGGAUCCAGCUCCACGGCCAAACGGGCAAGAAGGAUAGCUUGGAGCAUAUGCUUGGGGACUAUGUGCGCGAGCACCACCAACACUCUGCUCAACCGACGGGCGCUGAUCACGACCACGGCCAUGAUCACCACGACCACGAUCAUCACGACCACGAUCAUCACCAUGACCAUGACCAUGACCACGACCAUGACCAUGAACACCAUGAUCACGAUCACGAUCACCACCACGAUCACGAUCACCACCACGGCCAUGACCACGACCACGACCAUGAUCACAAUCACGGCCAUGAUCAUGGCCAUCCUCACGAUCACGUCGACGGACACCACGAAUCCCAUCCAAUGUAUCUCGAAAACGAGGCUGCGUUGCUGGCCUACGAAUCCCACGCCGCAAACUCCAGCGGGCUCUUGCGGGCCAUCGACUACCAGUCUCAGCCGUCACCGGCUCUCUCGGCGGCCCAGCCGCUGCCGCACAUUGAAGCUGGCGUUCCGGUUUCCACCCAGGAAUCGACCAAGCCGCUGCUGGACCAGUCGCCAUCGGCCGAUCUGCAUACCGAUUUGGCAUCCGCCCCGCCAAUGACCCGCGGGUACGGUAGCGGAUCUGGUCUGCCCAGACACCCGCAAGCAUACCAUUCGGCAAGCAUUGCGACGGCGUCAUCGCUGCCACCGGCCAUCGCCGGUCCAGCGGCGCACCCGGGACGGUCGCCCCAACUUUCGGCGGCGGCGGCGGCGGUGGGCAACUCUACUCACUUUUUCGACGAGCUCUCGGGGCUUGCGACGGGUGCUCCCGCUGCCAGCAACGGCACAGCGAGAGUCCCUGGAGCGGCAUACCAUCCUCAUCCUCACCCUUCGCCUCCGACAGCGGCGCUGUCCCCGUCGAUGGGUGUGGGAGGCCUGGUCAUGUCACGGACCCUCUCCAACACCUCAAGUGCCUCCAGGAAAGUGCACGAUCCUCAAGACUUGGCGCCGGCCUCGGAGCUGUUCAAGUGAGGCCAUGCAAGAUCGAUGGCCUCUGCCGCGGAACCGGUUAUCGAUCAGGGGCCUCGCCACCCAGAUAAGCGUAACUCUCGGCCAGGAAGGCGGAUGGUGGUGGUCGAAUGCAGCAGCUACAAAAUGAAAGAGAGCCACCAUGCAUUAUUUGCCUCCGCUGUUUGCUCUUUUCUGUGCACACGCCAUUGCGCCAUGUCGAUACACGGGUGCGUGUGUUCCCAGGGGGCUGAUUGCGACCAAGAGGGCC